CAAUGGUUAGGGCUGUCUUUCAUCAGGGCCCUCAGUUUGAAACUGUCAAGUGGCUGCUAGGGAAGCCGCUGUGCUUGCUGUGGUUGCGGCGGCGACGCCGGCUGUCGCGGCGAGUCAGGAGUCGGGGUUUGGCGGAGACGGUGGAUACCGGUGGCGGCGCCCAGGCUGGUUCCUCCCUGCCAGGAUUGGGGGCUUCGUCCCUGGAGGUGCCCUGAAAGAGAGGACACAAGCGAUGCUUACUAAUUGAGUGAAUCCAUGGACGAGGAACCCAGGGGUACUGAAGGCUGACUACUGCGUGCCCACAGCUGUACCCGGUGCUCCAGUGGCAACCUCAUGCCGGCCGAUACAGCUGGUACUGAACUCACUGACCUUCCUCCCAGUCUCAUUGUCCCAUAGCCCGUGCUUCGUGUUUGCAGAAUGUCAUCUGAUGAGGACAAGUGUUCACUUCAUGUUGCUCACAAUGACUCUGAUCGUUCUGUCUCCACAGACCUUCAGGAGGAGUAUGAAGAACUGCUUCGCUAUGCUAUUGUGAAUCCAAAUGUUGAAUCUGGUGCUUCACAGCCAUCUCACCUUAAAGGAGAAGUGGCACCAGAUAGAUUUCCUACACUAGCUGGAAGUAACCCUAUAAGAGAAACUGUACUGGAAGAGGGAAAAGGAUCCGAUUUAAAUAUUUCAAGUCAUUCAAAAUCAGGAUCACCCAGGAAGCCACCUCACCCAGUCAUGGACUUUUUCAGCCCACAUUUUUUAGGUGACUCUUCCUCACCAACCUCUCUUUCUACUCGGACAGAUGAAAUAAUUGUCGGGGAACAUCUUGUCUCUGAUGAAAAUUUUCAGAAGUUGGAGAAUGUACUUGACUUCUGGAAUUCAGGUCUUAAGACGAACAUUUUAUCUGAACUAAGUAAGUGGAGACUGAAUUUUAUUGACUGGCACCGAAUGGAGAUGAAAAAAGAAAAGGAAAAGCACGCGGUGAUCGUGAAGCAGCUGUCAAACCAGAUUGCUGACUUGAAGGAGCUGCAGAAAACCUUUGAGAUUUCCAUCAGAAGAAAGGAUGAGGUGAUUUCCAGCUUGUCUCAUGCCAUCGGCAAGCAAAAGGGAAGGAUAGAGUUAAUGAAAAGCUUUUUCCGCUGGAGAAUUGGCCAUGUCAAAUCCAGACAGGAGAUUUAUGAAGGUAAACUGGCUGACCAGUACUUUCAGAGAACUUUGCUGAAGAAAGUCUGGAAGGGCUGGCGUUCUGUGGUACAGAGGCAGUGGAAAGAUGUGGUGGAACGGGCAUGCCAAGCGAGGGCAGAAGAAGUAUGUGUGCAGAUCUCCAAUGAUUAUGAAGCUAAACUUGCUAUGUUAUCUGGAGCCUUGGAAAAUGCAAAGGCUGAGAUUCAAAAAAUGCAGCAGGAAAAAGAGCAUUUCGAAGACUCCAUGAAGAAAGCAUUCAUGCGGGGAGUGUGUGCAUUAAACCUGGAAGCCAUGACCAUAUUUCAAAACAAAAGUGACACCGGGACAGACUUCACAAGUAAUAAAAAGGAAGAGAGUGGCUCUGGUGGUCCAGGAAGAGACCCUUCUGCUCACUUGGAUACUUCUUUGUCCACAAUGCCAUCCACAGUUCCGUUACAGCUGCUGCCCUCUGGAACAUUAGCAGCAGGAGUAGCCAGUGCCACUGCCAUUCCUUCGGCUGCUUCCCUGACCUCUGCCGGAGCUACAACCACCUCUUCUGUUCACGUUCCCAUCUCUAUUCUUAGUGCAGGAUCCGCAGCUACUGCUGCCCCGGAAGAAUCGUACGCUCCAAGAGUCGUGACUGCAGCCCAGCAGAAAGCUGGGAAGACAAUCACAGCCCGGAUCACAGGUCGGUGUGAUUUUGGUUCCAAAACUAGAAUCAACAGCAGUUUGGCUAUAAUGGGAGUUUCUCCUCCCAUGAGUUCAGUCGUCGUGGAGAAACAUCAUCCAGUCACAGUGCAAACCAUUCCUCAGGCAGUUGCUGUCAAGUACCCACGGGCCAUCCAUCCUGAAGGUGGCCUCUCAGCCUCUAGGCCUCUCGGAGCCAGGCCGGGCCACACCCAGUCUCUCUCAAGCGUUCAGUCCAUAAAAGUGGUUGACUAGAGGGACUUUGUUCACACUCAGGGCUUUCUUCACUGAUUAGGACUUUCCUGGGAGCAGCAAGGUUUUGCUUUUGACUUUUCUGUACUGUCAGAACAUCAUCGACACAUCAUGUGCAUCUCUUCAGAAUUACAAGAGACUUCCCCAUCCUUUGUAACUGUAUGUAUAGAUUAUUUUAAUGUUAUUUUUAUUUAAACAAUUAAGUAGAACUUUUUAAUUAAAACAAACAAAAAACCUUGGUUCUGAGCAUGCUCAGCCUGCCAAUGAUUGCUUUGUGGAAGAAUAUAAAGUUUUUUUCUGGACAUUAUUUCUAAAAGGAAAUCAUUUCCAUUGUUACUGGGCAGUAAUUUACAUAGAACUUUGAAAGGGAACUUUACUUUCAUUACUAAAAUUAAUAGAAGCUAUUUUAACUUUUAAAUAAAGGCCAAGAAUA